AUGAAGGCUAUAUUUUUUGCUAUCGGACUUCUGGCAAUCUCCGCCAUCGCAUUCGCUGAAGAGGAGAAGAAGGAGCUCAGUGAGGAAGGCCAGGAGGUUUUGACCCAACUCAGAGAGCUGAGAAAGGAAGAGGAAGACGCACUUGAGGCUAUUGACGAUGAGGAAGAGAAGAACUUGAUCACCAAAAUACUUGAGAAGGAGGAAGACGAUGAGGAUAAGCUCGAGAAAACCGAAGAGUCCACCCGUGUGAAGCGAGCUGUUCGUAGACGCGGACGCCGCAACGGUCGUGCCGCCCGUGCUCGUGCCGCCAGAAGACGUUUCGCUCGCCGACUUCGUCGCAACCAGCGCCGUGCUGCCAACAAACGCCGCGCACACGCCCGCCGUCACCGCAAGAACCAACGUCGGGCUGCCAGAAAGACCCGUCGUCUGCGUCACCGCGGAUAA